AAAGAGUGUGAUACUUUAGUGUUGAUUUAUAUUUAAAUGGGGUUUUCUGGUAAUUUGAUAGUUUAGAUGGAUGUUUUUCAGGUUCGUUGUAAGGUUAUGAUUCACUUGUUGAAAGCACACGUUGGACGUCUUGGAAAGAGUUAAUCUGUAUCAUGACUGUCUAUUAAAAAAGCAGCCAGGGUUUGAGUCUCUGAAUCGAUGAUGGACUCUGCUGCUGUAGCACCUGAGAGGCUUCUCUUUUCUUUCGCGGUUCUUCUAUUCUUACCGGUACAAGUUCAUGUGCAAAAUCCUACAUACGAUUCAACAAUGCCUAAUACAAUAGCGGCGCUGAGUGGCUCUUGUUUGCAGAUACCUUGUGCGUUUGAUGCCCCAGACAAUAUGCUGAAGAACGCUGAAAGUAUAUUUGGCUGUUGGUUAAAGGGGAACCAUGCCUUUCUUCAGCAUAAUAGUUUGGUGGUUUUUAAUGGAAGUACAAACCGCAUCAAAGGAUUCAAUCAUUUAGAGAUACUUGGAAAUCUUAGUCAAAGUAAAUGUACCACUGUUUUUUAUGAUAUCAUGAACAAUCACACAGACAAGUACUACUUCCGUGUGGAAAUUAAGAAUCCAAUUCAAUCCGAUCGAUACUGGAAUUACACGUACCAAAACUAUCCCGUCUACAUUUCUGUCUACGAUGUACCAGAGCUUCCCAUCUUUAUACCAACUGAUCUGAAAGAAGUGAUGGAGGGAACUACAGUGAAUCUGAGCUGCUCUGCUGAAGCUCCCUGCCCCAAACAACCUCCUACAAUCUCCUGGUCUAACAUCCCUGAAUCUGCUGACAUUACAACACAGUUACAGGAGAAACCUGAUAAAACCCAGUCGGUGGUUUCAUACGUGACCUUCAAAGCUUCAUACAAAGAUCACAGGAAGAACAUCACCUGCGCUGCUACAUAUCCAAGAAAUACACCUGAUGUCUCAACUGUGAAGAGCACCGUGACGCUUAAAGUCCUGUUUCCUCCAAAAGAAACUCACUUCACCUUUACUUCUGUUGGCAAUAAUGUGACACUGACCUGCAAGAGCAAGGCCAGUCCAGCAACUGACUUGAACUACACCUGGUACAAAUUUGGAGUGGAGAUGCCUAUAGCUUGGGAAAAAAAAAUACAUUUAACAGAAUCCCAGCAUCAAACAGGAUCAUACUAUUGCAUCGCACAAAAUAAAUAUGGAAAGCAGUCAUCAGAAGAGGCCUGGCGCACUGCUAAAGGACCAUUUAUGAAUAUGUUUGCUGGUUGUGUGGGAGGAAUUAUGGCAGUGCUCAUACUCUGUGCUAUUGUCGUUUGUAUCAGAACGAUAACUUUCAAUAAACCCAGUGAUAAUAGGAAGGAUCCUUCCGGUUGGUUUAAUGGCACUGAUUAUGUCAACAUUGCCGGAGACAUGAUGAAUAAAUGGAUUAUUUCUGAUGAUGAUACGCUCAUCGUGUAUUAUGAAGAGACUGACAUCUCAAAGCAGCAGAACUUCUGCCUCACAGAAACACUCUUCAAAGACGACAAAUGCACAGAAAUAGAAUAUACUCAGAUGUGUUAGGAUUUAUAUGCUCAAAUAAAAAAAUCUGCAAAUGACGUAAAAAUCUAAAUAAAAUAAUAGAUUAUUUUUAAUCUUUAAUGUAAUGUUAAGGAAGAACAACAGAAGCUGAUUUGAACUCGAUUAGUUUCAAUAAAUUGGCAUUUCAGCAGACUGCUCAAAAAAGCAAAAAUGUGCCUAAAUUAUUUGGGUAUUACUCGCUCUCUCAUCAGAACAAAAACCUAAUAAAGCCAGUGACUAGUGGAAUGAUUCUUCUGGUUGGGGUAGUUUUGUACAGUUAUCUUGAAAUUAAGAAAUGAUUUUAUCUUGUGUGUAUCAAAAUGUUGACAUUUGUUUCCAAACGCAGAUUUAUCAUUGAUAAUACAUUUUUAUGCAAGAUAUUACAUACAUUUUGCACAAAAUAUGUCUAAUCUAUUACACACAAUAAUUAAUAUAUAAUUUCUUAUCACACACACAUAUCGUCUAUAAGGAGACUGACAUCUCAAAGUGACACAGACGAGCUGUUCUUCAAUACCUUUCCUUGUGAGAACUGAUACUGAUCAAUGCAUGUUUAUUUUAAACAUUGUAUUUUAUAAUCAUUUUUUAUUUACUUUAAUAUUGUUGAUAAGCAAAUAUAU